AUGCUGCACUCACUCUGUUCACUCCUGCUGCUGGGCUUUGCUGCGCUGGCACAAGGCAGGUCGAGCACUGGCAACUCUGUCCUCGUCGUCCUCCAGCCGAGCUUAAAGAGAGAGGAUUUCUCAAUAUUUUUUGGUGGUCUUAAAAAACAGGGAUACGACCUGACAUUCCGUGCUCCAAUGGACGAAACCCCUCGUCUCAUCCAGGAUGAUAUACCCUCCUUCGCACACGUCAUCCUGUUCGCCCCGGAUACCAAAACAUUCGCGCAGGACAUCACCCCCCAAUCCCUCAUCACGCUGCUCUCCUCUAAAACCAAUCUCCUCAUUGCUCUCUCCCCCAAACAAUCCCUUUUCACCUCCCUAGCCUCUGAAUUCUCCCUCAUUCUACCCCCACCCGGCACCCCGCUCGUUUCGCAUUUCCCAGAACGCAGCACCAACGUCACCACCAUUCCUAUCCCCGUCCCGCCGCACCCCAUCCUCACCCCGCAAACCGCGCCUAUCUGGUUCUCCGGCGUGCCCCAUGCGUUCGGAAACAACCCGCUCCUGUUUCCCGUCCUCAAGGCGCCGGCGGAAAGUUUUGCUGCGGACUCGACUGCGGACUCGGCCGCGGAUACGCUCGUCGAGGCGGCGGAGAAGGGCGGCGAGGGCUUCUGGGCCGGCAGCGCGCUCGGUGUCGUCACUGGCUUCCAGACGCGCGACGGGUCGCGCGCGAUGUGGGCUGGGGGCGUCGAGCUGUUCUCAAACGAGUUCACAACGAAAGAGAUUUCCAAGGGUGUCAAGUCCGGCAACGAACAAUUUGCAAAGGAUAUCACGGCUUGGACGUUCCAGGAGAAGCUCGUCCUCAGAAUAGACAGCACCGCACACCAUCUUUUGAAUGAGACGGAGCCCCGCGAGCAUUACACGAUCAAGGACCAAAUCGUCUACGACGCCUACGUGUCCCAAUACAGCGCCGAGACAUCCACCUGGGAGCCCUACUCCGGCCUCACCGAUCUGCAGCUCGAGUUCACCAUGCUUGACCCGCACAUCCGCACCGCGCUGCCCGCCGUCCCUGGCGUACCUGGAAAAUACUCCGUCACGUUCCGCGCGCCCGACCGGCAUGGUGUGUUCAAGUUCGUCGUCGACUUCAAGCGCCACGGCUGGACGUUCCUCGCCAGCUCGACGACCGUGCCCGUCGUCCCGCCGCGCCAUGAUGGGUACCCGCGCUUCUUGAGCGCCGCGUGGCCGUACUAUGCGGGGGCCAUCAGCACGAGCGUGGGCUUUUUGCUGUUCUCGGCGCUUUGGCUCGCAGGAGACGACAGAAGCGCGAAGAAGGGCAGCGCGAAAACGGAGUAGCGGAGACGUGGCGAUCAAUUCUGAGUGUGGCGUAUCUGCUUUGGCAAUAUAUAUAUAUAUUGGGACGCGAUACUCAUCGAGCAGUCGGGAAGCAAGGUACAUACUACAUUGCCUCGACUCCGUCGAAGGACCUGCGCAAGGAUGUAGGGAAAUCAGUAUUCAUUGAUGAG